CAGGGAAAAGAAACUGAUCGGUGAAUGCAACUGAAAAGUUACUGCAUCCAAACAAUCCAAUUGUUGUUGUGAUUGGUUCGUUCUAUUGGUUCAGAGGCGGGGCCAGGCAAAGGAAUUCCCCAUGUACUGUAAAUAAAUAUCUUGUGUGUGUGUGUGUGUGUGUGUGUGUGAGAGAGAGAGAGAGAGAGAGAGAGAAGUGGAUAGAUAGGCAGAGGCAGUCGGAUUAAUAGCAGCUCCGGAAAAGGAAGCCUUGUAAUCUGUCUGACAGCUAUAUUUCUGCAGUGAAUUGAUUAACCUCUCUCCGGGUUCCCAGUUGUUUGAAAGAGGAACCCAGUGCCGACAGAGGGAAGGGUGGGGAACAUGUUGUGUUGGGGGGACUGGGACUCGGAGACCGGGCAGAAAGACGCCUCACAGACACGGCAAGUUCUCAAAGGGCAGACAGUUCAGCAUGUUUGCAGCCGGGACGGAUUCACUGUGUUUGUGUUGGAAAACGGAACCGUUUAUACCAGGGUCUGUGGAAGGAAGAAGCAAACAAAGCCUGGACCUUUCACUCAAUUCAGGAAGCAGAAAAUCCACUUUGUGGAUAGUGGAACAUCCCACAUCCUGUUCCUUUCUAAAGCAGGAACUGUUUUUCACAGUGAAGUUAACUCAAAGAAAACUGCAGCUAAAACAAAAGAAUUCUCCAUAAGGAAACCACAGUUACUUAAGAGUUUGAGUCUGAGAAACAUAAUUCAAGUGGCCUGUGGAAACCAUCACUCACUGGCACUGUCCAAAGAUGGCAAACUCUUUGCCUGGGGACAGAACACUUAUGGCCAGCUUGGCCUUGGUACAAAAGGUGACUCCGAGCACAGCCCUCAGUGUGUGACAUCUCUCACUGGGAUGCCAGUGGCUCAGAUCACUGCAGGAGGAGAACACAGCUUCGCCCUGUCUCUCUCGGGGGCCGUGUUCGGUUGGGGAAGAAACAAUCACGGGCAGCUGGGGCUCAAGGACACAGAAGAUAUAGAUAAGCCCAACUAUGUGAAGCUGUUAGAGUGUAAGAAGACCAUCCAUAUCUCUUGUGGAGAAGAGCACACGGCUGUUCUGACAAAGGAUGGACUUGUUUUCACCUUUGGAGCUGGGAGACAUGGGCAACUUGGACACAACUCUACAGAGGAUGAGAUCAAACCUCGUCUAGUCGGCUACCUGUUUGGAAAUAAAGUCUCUCAGAUAGCAUGUGGGAGCUAUCACACACUUGUCUUCGUUCCAUCGUCUGGUAAGAUUUAUUCCUUUGGUUGUGGCGAAAAUGGGCAGUUGGGAAACAGAGAGACCAGCGAUCAGUUAGUGCCUCUUCCUGUCAACAUGAUGGACACAUCUGACAAAAAUGGAAUGGAAAAUGGGCAUUCAACCAAACCAGCUGUGAGAAGAAUUUUUGCAGGAGGAAACCAAAGUUUUGCAGAGUGCCGUGAUGAAGUGGAUUUGGUUCCCUCUGUUGAACAAUCUUCUUUCAAUAUUUUGAAGAGAAUCAUGACAGUGGACAGUUUACUGGAGAAGGAAUUGUGCAAAAAGACAAGAAGGGCAAUCGUUCAGGUAUUUUCUUCUUCGCAAACUCUGUGUGGAAGUUUCCUGGAUGUCAGCAAGGAUGGCCAUUUCAAAACAAAUGGAGAGGUGUCUGGUCUAGAUAUGUCCGCUAUAUAUCUGGGUUUCGAGAAGUUGGCAAAAAACUCCUCAAUGCUGGAACAGGUGAAAGCAGCAGUACAAGAUGAACUGAUUCCAUCAUUACCUCGUUCUCCAGCUUGUGUGGAAACAAUGCGAGUUUACAUUAUUCUAACACAACUCGUUGCUGUGCUGGAAGAGUCAAUGCUGACAGACUCUUUAAACAAAGCCAUUCUCUCACUCGAAGGAAGUUAUUUUAAAAUUCUCGAGUGCUGGUGGAGUACGAUGCCUGAUUAUUUCUUCACGUGCCUUGUGAGGAUGUAUCAAAAAGAAUCAAAUCGACUUCUUCAACUUGCUAUGAUGGACAUCUCAGGCUACAACUCCCCGCUACACAGUUCAUUAAAAAUUUUACAAGCACUUUACAAGGUAAACUCGAGCAGAUGUACGAAGAUCACAGAGAGAAAUUUUUGCAUUCCUGUAAUGGAAAAAAUAGUGGCAAGUGCUGCACAAUGGAUAUCUGCCAAUCCCCAAGCUUUGACUAUUGAGCUAAUGAAUGGCAAUAUCGGACCAAUACUUGCUCUUCAGCAAAGCUUAUUAGUGCAUGGCAUGAUCCAACGACAAUUUAUUACUUAUCCUUGCAUCUUUGACAUGAAAACAAAGCUUCGACUAUUGGCUAUGGAAUCCAAGGCAACGCAAAGACUAGCACUGGAACUCAAGGUUUCAAGGAAAACAAUUCUUCAGGAUGCUCUGGAAGGCUUAAGACCCAGCAGAUCAGUGGCUUGUCAUCUUGCACUUCAGGUCAGAUUUAAAGAUGAAGCAUGUUAUGGCUCUGGGGUAACGCAGGAAUUCUUCACCCUCUUUGCUCGGGAACUGCAUAGCAACAGACGGUUAUUUCAGCGCUCUGAGGAUUCAGAGCUGCUUUGGUUCCCCGACUGGGAACCAGAAAUGAGUGAUGUAUUUCAUCUGAUGGGAAUUCUCUGUGGACUCGCUGUAUCCAAUUGUUUUAUUUGCAAUUUUCACUUCCCGUUGGCUUUGUACAAGAAGCUGCUCCAUGUGCAGCCAACACUGGAAGAUCUGAAGGAACUCUCACCAACAGAAGGAAAUUCACUCCAGGAGGUCCUUGACUACGAGUACGAUGACAUUGAAGACAUGUUUUGUCUGGAUUUUACUAUCUCCAAAAAAUCAGCUGAUGGGAGCAGAGUUAUACUGGAACUCCUUCCUGGUGGUAGCAAAAUCCCUGUUCAAAAGCAUAAUAGGAAGCAGUAUGUUGAUGCUUAUGUGGAUUAUAAACUUAACACGUCUGUGAAGAAACAAUUUGAAGCCUUUUCGCAAGAUUUCGAGAAUGUGUCACUGCCGAUUGUGAACGUAUUCCAGCCUGAAGAGCUGAGGGACAUUAUCCAUGGAAACACCAAUUAUGAGUGGGAGCUGCUGGAACAGAAUGCAAAAUACCAUGGAUAUACACAAACUGACAAAACAAUCAGGAAUUUUUGGGAAGUCUUUGAAAACCUAGCAGAGGAGAAGAAAAAGCAGUUUCUUGUCUUUCUGUCGGGAAGGGACAGAAUCCCAGUGGGCGGGAUUCAGAGUCUCAGUAUCGCCAUUGUUAACACCAGGAGCAGUGAACCAGAUUCCUCAUAUCCUCGUGCCUACACCUGUACCAGGACCCUGGACCUCCCCAACUACAGCAGCAUCGAAAUAUUGAGAGAGAAGUUACUUCAUGCAAUGGAAUCCAGUGAAGAAUUCAAUGCACAAGAGCUAGCCACUCUUGGAGUUUUAGGAGCCUGUACUACAGGCCAGCUUUGCCCAGAGCAGGAAGGUGAAAGCGACACUGUAGCCAGUAGAAUCGACAAGUUGUCAGUCAAGGUACAUGAACAAGGAAUUGAUUCUAGAAUGGUGGUGGUUUUGGCCAGGCUUCCAUUGUCAAGUGGAAGCAGGUGUCUUGCUGAUGGAACAGAAAGAAGAUUGUCUUUCCAUGACGUGAAGGAGUUGUUUUCCAAAGGGCGAAAUAAUAAAGAGGAACCCAGUGCCGACAGAGAGAGGGAAGGGUGGGGGAACAUGUUGUGUUGGGGGGACUGGGACUCGGAGACCGGGCAGAAAGACGCCUCACAGACACGGCAAGUUCUCAAAGGGCAGAGAGUUCAGCAUGUUUGCAGCCGGGACGGAUUCACUGUGUUUGUGUUGGAAAACGGAACCGUUUAUACCAGGGUCCUUGGAAGGAAGAAGCAAACAAAGCCUGGACCUUUCACUCAAUUCAGGAAGCAGAAAAUCCACUUUGUGGAUAGUGGAACAUCCCACAUCCUGUUCCUUUCUAAAGCAGGAACUGUUUUUCACAGUGAAGUUAACUCAAAGGAAACUGCAGCUAAAACAAAAGAGUUCUCCAUCAUGAAACCACAGUUACUUAAGAGUUUGAGUAUGAGAAACAUAAUUCAAGUGGCCUGUGGAAACCAUCACUCACUGGCACUGUCCAAAGAUGGCAAACUCUUUGCCUGGGGACAGAACACUUAUGGCCAGCUUGGCCUUGGUACAAAAGGUGACUCCGAGCACAGCCCUCAGUGUGUGACAUCUCUCACUGGGAUGCCAGUGGCUCAGAUCACUGCAGGAGGAGAACACAGCUUCGCCCUGUCUCUCUCGGGGGCCGUGUUCGGUUGGGGAAGAAACAAUCACGGGCAGCUGGGGCUCAAGGACACAGAAGAUAGACAUAAGCCCAACUAUGUGAAGCUGUUAGAGUGUAAGAAGACCGUCCAUAUCUCUUGUGGAGAAGAGCACACGGCUGUUCUGACAAAGGAUGGGCUUGUUUUCACUUUUGGGGCCGGGAGUUUUGGGCAACUUGGACACAACUCUACAGAGGAUGAGAUCAAACCUCGUCUAGUUGGCUACCUGUUUGGAAAUAAAGUCUCUCAGAUAGCAUGUGGGAGCUAUCACACACUUGUCUUCGUUCCAUCGUCUGGUAAGAUUUAUUCCUUUGGUUGUGGCGAAAAUGGGCAGUUGGGAAACAGAGAGACCAGCGAUCGGUUAGUGCCUCUUCCUGUCAACAUGAUGGACACAUCUGACAAUAAUGGAAUGGAAAAUGGUCAUACAACCAAACCAGCUGUGAGAAGAAUUUUUGCAGGAGGAGACCAAAGUUUUGCAGAGUGCCGGGAUGAAGUGGAUUUGGUGCCCUCUGUUGACCAAUCUUCAUUCAAUACUUUGAAGAGAAUCAUGACAGCGGACAGUUCACUGGAGAAGAAAAUGGACAAAAACACAAGAAAGGAAAUCAUUCGGGCAUUUUCUUCUUCGCAAACUCUGUCUGGAAGUUUCCUGGAUGUCAGCAAGGAUGGCCAUUUCAAAACAAAUGGAGAGGCAUCUGGUCUAGAUAUGUCCGCAAUAUAUCUGGGUUUCGAAAAGUUGGCAAAAAACUCCUCAAUGCUGGAACAGGUGAAGAAUGCAGUACAGAAUUACCUAAUCCCAUCAUUGCCUCAAUCUCCGGCUUGUGUGGAAACAAUGCGAGUUUACAUUAUUCUACCAGAGCUCAUCGCUGUGCUGGAAGAGCUAAGGGACACAACAAUGCUGACGGACUCUUUAAACAAAGCCAUUCUCUCACUUAGAACAAGUUCUUUCAAAGUUCUUGAGUGUUGGUGGAGUACGAUGCCUGAUUAUUUCUUCAAGCGCCUUGUGAGGAUGUAUAAAAAAGAAUCAAAUCGACUUCUUCAACUCGCCAUGGAGGACACUUCAAAAGUCAGCUCCAAACUACAUGAUUCAUUAAAAAUUUUGCAAGCACUUUACAAGAUAAACUCGAGCAGAUGUACAAAGAUCACAGAGAGACAUUUUUGCAUUCCUGUAAUGGAAAAUUUAAAGGCAUUUGCUGCGAAAUGGAUUCCUGUCGAUCCCCAAGCUUUGAUUAUUGAGCUAAUGAAUAGCAAUUUCAGGUCAAUAUGUAAGGCUUACCAUUGCUUCUCAGCAGUUCACAACAUCCAACGGCAAUUAAUUGCAUAUCCUUGCAUCUUUAAUAUGAAAACGAAGCUUGAAGUAUUGGCUAUGGAAUCCAUGACAAUGAAAAGGUUAAUACUGCAGAUACAGGUUUCAAGGAAAACAAUUCUUCAGGACACUCUGAAAGGCUUAAGAGUGAGCAGAUCAGUCCCUCAUUGCCUUGCACUUCAGGUCCAAUUUAAAGGCGAACCAUGUUUUGGCCAUGGGGUAUCUCAGGAACUCUUCACCCUCUUUAGUCGGGAGCUGCAUAGCAACGGACAGAUAUUUCAGCGCUCCGAAGAUUCCGGGCUGCUUUGGUUCCCCAGCUGGGAACCAGAAAUGGGUGAUGUAUUUCAUCUGAUGGGAAUUCUCUGUGGACUUGCUGUAUCCAAUCAUUUUAUUUGCAAUUUUCACUUCCCGUUGGCUUUGUACAAGAAGCUGCUCCAUGUGCAGCCAACACUGGAAGAUCUGAAGGAACUCUCACCAACAGAAGGAAAUUCACUCCAGGAGGUCCUUGACUACGAGUACGAUGACAUUGAAGAUACGUUUUUACUGGAUUUUACUAUCUCCAAAAAAUCAGCUGAUGGGAGCAGAGUUAUACUGGAACUCCUUCCUGAUGGUAGCGAAAUCCCUGUUCAAAAGCAUAAUAGGAAGCAGUAUGUUGAUGCUUAUGUGGAUUAUAAACUUAACACGUCUGUGAAGAAACAAUUUGAAGCCUUUUCGCAAGGUUUCAGGAAUGUGUCACUGCCGAUUGUGAACAUAUUCCAGCCUGAAGAGCUGAGGGACGUUAUCCAUGGAAACACCAAUUAUGAGUGGGAGCUGCUGGAACAGAAUGCAAAUUACAAAGGAUAUACACAAACUGACAAAACAAUCAGGAAUUUUUGGGAAGUCUUUGAAAACCUAGCAGAGGAGAAGAAAAAGCAGUUUCUUGCCUUUCUGUCAGGAAGUGAAAGGAUCCCAGUGGGAGGCAUUCAGAGUUUCAGAAUUACGAUUUUAAACUCCAGGAGCAGUGAGCCAGAUUCCUCAUAUCCUCGGGCCUACACCUGUACCAGGACCCUGGACCUCCCCAACUACAGCAGCAUCGAAAUAUUAAGAGAGAAGUUACUUCAUGCUAUGGAAUUCAGUGAAGAAUUCAAUGCACAAGUGCCAUAAUAUUUACAGAUAGAGAAUGUGUUAAAUCUGAGAAAUGUCGAUGAUUGAUUUUAAAAAAUCUUGUCUGAUGAAAAUAAAUUGCACUACUGCA